CUCCGAGCCCAGCAUAUAACCACCCCCGCCUCACGCCCACUCAUCCCCAAGCACCAUGUCGCCCACUACAGGAAAGAUCGCACGCUUUACGGUGCACGAUGUGCGCUUCCCGACCAACGUCACAGGUGAUGGAACCGACGCCAUGAACAAGGAGUGUGACUACUCCGCCGCUAUGAUCGUCGUCGAGACGGACACGGGCGUCAAGGGCCACGGCAUGACAUUCACGAUCGGGCGCGGCAACGAUAUCGUGUGCUAUGCUAUCGAGCAGGUCGCGCAGCGUGUUGUCGGGAUGGACGCGGAGGCCAUCUUUGCCGACAUGGGCAAGUUUUAUGAUUUCCUCGUUGCAGACCCGCAGCACCGCUGGCUCGGGCCCGAGAAGGGCGUGAUCCAGCUCGCGACAGCGGCCGUCUCCAACGCCCUGUGGGACAUGUACGCCAAGACGCGGGGCAAGCCGCUCUGGAAGCUGAUCGUGGACUUUUCGCCGGAGGAGUUCGUGCGCUCCACCUGCUUCCGAUACAUUACGGACGCGAUCAGUCCGGCCGAGGCGCUGGAACUGCUGCGCGCGAAGGAGGGCGGCAAGGCUGAGCGCGAGGCGGAUGUGCGUGCGCGCGGAUACCCGGCAUACACGACGAGCGUGGGGUGGCUGGGAUACGACGACGAAAAGGUCGAGCGACUGACGAAGGAGGCGCUAGCGCAGGGCUUCAACCACUUCAAGCUCAAGGUCGGCGCGGAUGUCGCGGACGACCUGCGGCGCGGGCGCCUGAUUCGGCGCAUCAUCGACGACCCCGCGAACAUGCCCCCGGGGCGGGUCGUGGAUCCCAAGACCGUCGAGGGCAAGAACGCCGGCCCUACCGGCUGCGUGCUGAUGGUUGACGCGAACCAGGUGUGGGAUGUGCCCCAGGCCGUCGAGUAUAUGAAGCAGCUGCGGCCCAUUAGCCCGUGGUUCAUCGAGGAGCCGACCGCACCCGAUGACGCCGUCGGCCACGCCGCCAUCCGCAAGGCCCUCAAGCCCCACGGUAUUGGCGUUGCGACCGGUGAACAUGCACACAACCGCAUGACUUUCAAGCAGCUACUCCAGCUCGACGCCAUCGACGUGUGCCAGAUCGACUCGUGCCGUGUCGGCGGCAUCCAGGAGAUUCUUGCUAUUCUGCUCAUGAGCGCAAAGUUUGGCGUGCCCGUCUGCCCGCACGCAGGCGGCGUAGGCCUGUGCGAGUACGUCAUUCAUCUCUCUCUCAUCGACUACAUCUGCGUCAGCGGGAGCAUGGAGCGCAACGUCCUCGAGUUUGUCGACCACCUCCACGAACACUUCCUCUACCCGGUCAGCAUAAACAAGGACGGUCGAUACAACGUCCCCAUGGAUCCCAAGGGUGGGUAUUCGAUCGAGAUGUUUGAGAAGAGCAUGAGCGACUACGCGUUCCCCAAUGGCAACUACUGGGUCGCCACUGCCAAGGGCGAGCCGUUUGCUGGCGCUCCUCAGGCGCACUAGACUAGAAAGAUGAUGAACAUGCGUUUGCCUUGCGUGGAGGUGAACAUCUAGAGGCCACAUGGGCAGCAGCAGGGCCGCAACACGGUUCAGAGUCGAGUUUGGCUGCAAGCUGUCAGACAAUCAAUCUCGCCCGUUGAGUGAGAUCCAUGUCUGCACCAUCUAUAGUGCAGCAAUGCAUAGAACGUGCAAAAUCGCGCGG